AUGGACUUGGAGUGUCCUAACACUUUCCGUCGAUGUCCCGUAACAAACGGAGAAUGUAUUCCUCUACAUUACUUCUGUGAUAAAAAGAUGGACUGUCCCGACUGGUCAGAUGAGAACGAAAUUUCAUGUGGAAGCUGUUUAUCGCCUGACAAGUUGCGAAAUGGUGAACAGACCAGUCCGUUACCGCACCGUAAAAGGUACCUCGAGGGCCAAUCGAUUUCGUUCAUUUGCAACAAUGGAUAUACAUUAGUUGGAAACAGCACGCAAAUAUGCCAAAGUGGUACAUUUCAAGGCACAACUCCGCAUUGUUAUUCCUGGUGUUCAAAACCAGCACCGCUUGAAAAUGGACUAUGGAUUGGGUCUGAUUCCAUUGGUCACGGUGAUACUGUAUCUGUCAUUUGCAAUGUAGGAUACGAGUUAGACCCUGAGGAACCAACAGUAUUUACUUGCCAAGAUGGUCAGUUCGUUGGUGAAUUUGACAAACGUUGUAUUGAUAUUGAUGAGUGUACAGCAGGGCAACACAAUUGUGAUUCAGAUGCUAGUUGUGAUGAUACUAUUGGGUCUUUUGUAUGCACGUGCAACACAGGGUUCGAGGGUAACGGAACAUAUUGCACAGAUUUUGACGAAUGUGAAUCCAAAACAAGUACUUGUUCAGUUAAUGCCACCUGUACUAACACACAUGGAUCAUUUAAUUGUACCUGCAUCGAAGGCUUUGAAGGCGACGGUAUAUUUUGUCGAAUGAUACUUUAUUUUUCAUUUGGAAUCAGUGAGGGAGAUACAUCGCUUCGUCAGUCUUCCAAACAGAUAUCAGGAGAAUAUGUGUCUCCCGAAUUUAUCCUUUCAUUCGGCUUUCCAUUUGGCAACCAGUUUUUACGAUAUAUAUAUUUUACAGAAAAUGGGAAUUUUAUAUUGCAUGGCGAUGAUGAAGAUGUAGCGAUCUACCCGAACCCAUCGGUGAAUGGUUUUCAAAACAGUGACACCAGGAACAUCAUUGCAACAUUCUGGGCAGAUGGUGAUUUGAGCAAAGACAUUGGCGAUGUAUUUUACCAUAGAAACACAUUCCAAGCUGUUCUUCUAACCGAUGGACUUUACAGCUUUGCAAUAAAUUUCUUCGAAGAACGACGUAUGCUUUGGGAUCCCAAUCUAGAUUUCCUAAAAGAUGCUAUUUUGGGAUACAACAUUGCUCAUUUUGGUUAUGAAAACUUCCAGUUUCAACAACCGCUUGUAAGCAAUGUAUAUAGGCCAGAUCUGGUGCUAGGGAAUACCAAUGAACUUGGUCAGUGGAUUUUCCGGUUGGAGGACAAUACAGAGGACACUGUCAACCCCAAAAAGCGGUGCUUAGAUUGGUAUAUUGAGGAUUCAUCAAGUUUCUUUAACCCAAUUGGUCUGGGAACCUGUCCAUGUACGCUGCUUCAGGCUCUGAGAGAUGGCAGAUAUCGUUUUCAAAGUACAAUAACAAUUGCGUCAACCCCAAGUUACAUCUUACCUCUUCUGGAUGAUCUAGAGAUAUCGAGCGAUCUGUUUGUAACUGUGGUAACGCUCAUAGACCGCGCUAAAUACUAUGCAAUCUGCUUCCAGUCGUCGACAUUUAAUAUCUAUUUAUCUGGUACCGAAUGCUGUUAUCGAGGGAACCGUUUUGGGUUUUUCAACUCAGGUAUUUUAAACGGAGGCUACAAUGGAAUUGGAAUGAGCAGUUUCUCAUUUCGUUAUGGCUACACAUUCGGACAUUCGUUUCUUCCGUAUCAAUAUGUCUACCAUAUUUCUUCUGAUCUCAUGUCUCAGUAUUAUUGCUGCUAUGCCUCUGUUAGUGAAGACCUAUGCCAAUUGUACUACGAACGCCGGCCUGCGGCAUCUUGCCAGUUUUACAGACCUCCACAGUUGUCUUGGUGCUGGGGCGAUCCCCACAUAGCCACUAUCGACGGAUACCAGUACACAUUUAACGGUAAAGGAGAAUACAUGUGCACCGAUAUCAACAACGGAAUGUUUCAGUUGCAGUGCCGUAUGUCGGAUCCCAUUUCUGAACCAGAUGCAGAUGCGACCGUCUUCAGUGCAUUUGUUGGGAGACACACUGGAGAAAGUGCCACUUAUGUUCAAUUCUCCUUAAGUGAUAACGGAACUGACGUCAGUGUUCUUGUUAAUGGAACUGAAUCAAUAUCACUCGAUACACUGAGGAACGGUACCUAUUCUUCCAUGUCAGAUCCUGGUUUUUCAUUAUUUAUCCAAGAGCCAACUAACCUUACGUCUGGAAAUGAGAGAGUCUACGCUUCUUGGAGCACCGGCAUUGCAUUUGGAGUUUCUGUCACUGAACAGAUGUUAGCUAUUGUAGUAGAGUUAGCUGCAGAGUACCAAGGACAGACUGCUGGCCUUUUAGGUGUCUGGAAUGAUAACAAAACAGAUGACUUAUGCUCCAAAAGUAAUGUGUGUCUGGAUACAAGUACGAACCUAUCUGAAUCUGAUAUAUUUGAUACCUGUAACACAUGGAGGCUUACAGAGGAAGAGUCAGCAUUUGUCUACAAGGAAGGAGAAAGUUACUCGGAUGUUAAUGAUGAAAGUUUUAGGCCAAAAUUUCUAGAUGAACUGUUAGAUACAGCAGAACCUGCUUUACUAGAUGAGGCCAACUCCGUUUGCGGCAACAAUCAAGAGUGUUUGUUUGAUGUUUUAGCUACGCAAAAUAUAAAUAUCGGUGAAAGUACGAGGAUUACAAACGAAAUAAAUAGCAAUGAUAGAGAGAUCUUAGAAAAUAUACCACCAGUGAUAAAUCAAAUUAUUGAUAUGAGCGAGGAGAGUGUCUUAACUGAUGGCUUCAAACUUAGUGUGCGUGUAAAUCAGACAAUUGUUCUACGAGUAAACGCAUCUGACGAGAAUGAGGGUGACGUCUUAAACUAUUUUAUUCAAAACGGAAUUCCUGGAUCAAACAUAACAAAUGAAACUGGACUUUUCACUUGGAAACCAACCUCAAUUGAUAUAGUUGAUCUAGUAUUUGAAGUCAGUGAUGGGACACAGAAUACAGCUAAGUACAUGGAAGUAAAAAUUUGCGCAUGCGUGAAUGGCGGCGUGUGUGACUAUGACACUCUUGUAGAAGGAUCCGAUCUUCCAAAUAACAGAUUUGCGGUUGUACAGUGUACCUGCUCACCUGCAUGGACAUCAUUCGAUUGUUCUGAAGAUUACGAUGCCUGCAUGGAGGACCCCUGCUUUACUGGUGUUAUCUGUAAAGACCAUAUGGCACCAGAAGUGAAUGCAACGUGUGGUAACUGUCCCGCGGGCCUAGUGGGAAACGGUAUUAAGUGCUACGACUAUGAUGAGUGUUUAAACGGUCAAGACCGAAUUGAGGGUGCUCUUUUCUGCGAACAUACUGAGUUAUGUGUGAAUACAUUGGGAAGCUACGAGUGUAGUUGUCAAUCUGGAUAUGAACUGCAUCUGAAUGGAAAAGAAUGUACAGAUAUCAAUGAAUGCGAUCGCUCUACGGAUAACUGUGCCGCCAAUGCUGAAUGCAGUAAUACUAUAGGAUCCUACAAUUGUACAUGCAACGAAGGCUACGCGGGCAAUGGCAUUGAGUGUACUGAUAUUAAUGAAUGUUUCACUCGUACAAACCCAUGCAGCCUCACUGCUGACUGCUUUAACACCGACGGCUCUGUAUAUUGUGUUUGUAAAAAAGGAUACUUUGGCAAUGGAAUUGUUUAUAUUGAUGAGUGCACUCUUGGUACUGAUGGAUGUCAUCAUGAUUGCCUCAACACUAUUGGAUCAUACAACUGCACAUGCGCAGACUCCUUUUCCCUUUCUAAUGACCAACAUUCUUGUACACCAUUGGUAGGAAUGGAAUGUACUGGUUCAAACCCAUGUGAUUCGUCGGCUAAUUGUAUCCAUGAUGAUCAAGGUAAUCCAAGUUGCUACUGUGACAGUGGUUAUCAACUGAGUAAUAACGACAACGCCUGUGAAGAUAUAGACGAAUGUACAAACAGUGAAAACGCAUGUGAUGAUACCGUUGGUGCAUGUACCAAUACGGACGGGGGCUAUAUGUGCAGUUGUCCGUCCGGUUUUGAGCUACAAAAUGACCUUAGGACUUGUCAAGAUAUUAACGAGUGUUACAGAGUUACCUGUAUCGCCAAUGCCGAAUGUGUCAAUGUCAAUGGACCUGUAUACUAUACUUGUAGCUGUCUUAAUGGGUUUAAUGGAACGCAGUGUGCAAAUAUUGACGAAUGUACAGAUAACCUACACGAUUGCACUGGGAAUUCCGAGUGUAGAGACCAAGAAGGCAGUUAUGUAUGCGUUUGUCAAAUGGGAUUCACUGGGAAUGGAAGAAUGUGUGUAGAUGAGAACGAAUGUUUGUCGAUGGGUACUUGUCAUAGCCUGGCAACUUGCAGCAAUACUAUUGGAUCUGUUAAUUGCACAUGUCCGGAUGGUUACAGCGGAGACGGCGUUACUAGUUGCACAAAUAUUGACGAAUGCAGUAAUAUUAAUAGUCUGUGUCAUGACAAUGCCAACUGUACCGAUACGCCUGGAUCAUACAUUUGUGCAUGCAUAGAAGGCUACCGUGGAGACGGGUUCGAAGCAUGUGACAACAUUGAUGAAUGUAGCGAUCAGCCUGAUAUUUGUCAUCAACAGGCAACGUGCACAGACAACAUAGGCUCAUACACAUGUCUAUGUAAAGUGGGUUUUGACGGAAACGGGUUCAUUUGUGAGGAUAUAAACGAGUGUGCCCUUGAUGCGGAUGAGUGUGACGUCAAUGCGCGUUGUAAUAACACAGUGGGAUCGUUUACGUGCUUCUGUAACAUUGGCUAUGUAAGCACUGAAGGAGGGAACGCUCGAAAUGACACUUGCAACGAUUACGACGAAUGUGACUACAGAAUUGAUAUGUGCCAUAACUUUGCUACAUGUACAAAUACUGUCGGAUCAUACACUUGUGGAUGCAAAAGUGGAUUCACUGGAGACGGCUACAAUUGCAAAGAUAUAGAUGAAUGUGAUCAACAGGUUAAUACAUGUGAUAUUGAAGCGAAAGAGCGAUGUGUAAACACUCAGGGAUCCUACUAUUGUACCUGUCAAACCUUUUAUUUCAACAUUAGUGGCCAAUGUCAAGCAUCAGCAUCGAAAACGCUAAUGGUUGAAUUCUUGUACAUCAAAGGAUUGAGCGUGACAAUGUUUCAGUUUGAUUUUGAUGAAACCUCAGUGGGAUUAGCAAAAGAUAUGGAUACUCUUUUCCGAAUGAGUGUUAUUAAAGAUCAAUAUUUCGGCACUGAAACUGCUGCAUUUUAUAAUGCCACCAAUGGCUUAGGAGUCUCCUUUAUCGUCAGUUUCGAUAAAGAUUUAAACAUUACGGACGAACAGUUACUGCAAGUAUUCUUAAAUGGGCUAACAGGCAGUAGUAUGGACUUCUUGGAUCCUGACAAUCAGGUGUAUGACGUUGAUGUUAUGGAACCUGAUAUCAACCCCUGCUUUGAGAGCACAGACGACUGCUUACAGAGACUUUUCCAAGAUUGCAUUUUUUUAGGCCACAAGCAGUACGAUUGUCAAACAUGUUUUCAUGGCUAUAUACUAAAUGAAACCAGUGAUUCAUGCGUGGACGAUGAUGAAUGCGCCAAAGAGACCUUCGAAUGUCCAUCUGACUCUAAAUGUAAUAAUACUUAUGGCAGCUACGAAUGUGUCUGUCUGCCGGGAUUCAUAAUUGAAGACAAUGCAUGUAUCGACGACGAUGAAUGUGCCAAAGAGAACUUCGAAUGUCCAUCUGGUUUUAAGUGUAAUAAUACUUAUGGCGGCUACGAAUGUGUCUGUCUGUCAGGAUUCAUCAUUGAAGACAAUGCAUGUAUCGCCCUCCAGCUGAAAUACUGUACAAGGAAAGCAGCGAAGGGAAUUAAACCGGCGACCAAGGUUAUCUCUGAGCGUCAGCUUACACACACAGUGGCUCCACUGG